CGAUUGGAAAAAAAAAACAAUCGAAAUGGCACUAGUAAUAUUAUCGGUUGUUUUUUCGUUUUUCUCGCCAAUUGACCAUAUCUUUUUCCGAAUCGGUAAUUAUCCAUGCUCUACCGUAUUGAUCACAAUCAAAUAUCUGGGCCGUAGCACGUGAGCUGCAACUAAGUCUUAAUACUCUAGUCAACGUACAAUCAUCGCAUCGAAACCAAGUUUUUUUUAAAUCAUGAUUGAUAUUACACGGCGAUAAAAUUAUCAUUUGUACAACAAUGGGAGCGAAAGUGUCCAGAACCGAUUUCGAAUGGUCGUUCACAGAAGAACCACAUGCGACGCGCAGGAAAGAAAUACUAGAAAAACACCCAGAAAUCAAGAAACUUUAUGGCCCAGAUAAAAAUUUUAAAUGGAUUGUUAUAAUCACAACAAUAUUGCAAUUAGGAUCAUUUUAUUUCAUAAAAGAUUUAAAAUGGCCAAUUGUAAUAAUUUUAGCUUAUUGCUUUGGAGGUGUAGUAAAUCACUCAUUAAUGCUUGCAAUACAUGAAAUUGCUCAUAACAUGGGAUUUGGACCUAAGUAUCCUAUGUACAAUAAAUUAUUAGGUAUGUUUGCUAAUUUGCCCAUUGGUCUUCCGUUUUCUGUUACAUUUAAGCACUAUCAUUUAGAACAUCAUCGAUACCAAGGUGAUGAGAAGCUUGAUACAGAUAUACCUACAUAUAUCGAAGCAAAAUUAUUUAAUUCAACAUUUGGAAAGUUUAUUUGGGUACUGUUGCAGCCAUUUUUCUAUGCCCUCCGACCUAUGUUUAUUUAUCCGAAAAGUCCUACUGCACUUGAAAUCAUUAGUGUUUCUAUUCAAUUGAUGUUUAAUUAUUUGGUUUAUUUAUAUCUUGGAUCAAAGGUACUAACUUAUAUGUUGGCUGGUUCAUUGAUGGCAAUGGGGUUACAUCCAGUAGCAGGACAUUUCAUUUCUGAACAUUAUAUGUUCCAUAAAGGAUAUGAAACAUACUCAUAUUAUGGCCCAUUAAAUUUCAUAACAUUCAAUGUUGGAUAUCAUAAUGAACACCAUGAUUUUCCAUUUGUACCUGGUUCUAAACUCCCGCAAGUUAAAAAAAUCGCACCUGAGUAUUAUGACAAUAUACCUCAACAUAAUUCAUGGACAAAUGUCUUAUACGAUUUCAUAAUGGAUCCUAGCAUAGGUCCAUAUGCACGAAUAAAGCGUAAACAUCGAGGAUUGAAAUUUUAAAUACUAGCAAAACUUAAUAAAUUAAUACAGAUGGAAUUUUAAUUUGGGUAAGAUAAUAAAGCUAUAACUUGGAUUAAUUAAACUAUUUGUUUAUUUGAAUUGGAACAAAUUUAAAAAUUA